AUGGUCGAAUUGAACACAGCUCUUCUCUUUAACACACCUUGUGGAGCGGAAAAAUAUGGGGCGGAUCAAGAACAAGAUGCAAACUCUGCACUUCUGGAGCUAGAUAAAGGUCUCAGGUCCACUCGUGUUGGGGAGCAGUGUGAGGCCAUUGUCCGCUUUCCGAGGCUUUUUGAGAAGUACCCAUUCCCGAUCCUGAUCAACUCAUCCUUUCUGAAGCUGGCAGAUGUCUUCAGAAUAGGAAACAACUUUUUGCGGCUGUGUGUUCUACGAGUGACCCAGCAGAGUGAGAAACAUCUGGACAAGAUACUGAACGUGGAUGAGUUCCUGAGGCGCAUCUUCUCUGUCAUCCACAGCAAUGACCCCAUUGCCAGGGCACUUACUUUGAGGGUUUUGGGCAGUAUUGCCUGCAUCAUCAGUGAGAGGAAGAACACCCAUCACAGCAUCCGCACCAGUCUGGACUCCCAUGAUGAGGUGGAGAUGGAGGCAGCAAUAUUUGCUGCAUCUUGUUUUGCAGCUCAGUCCAGAACAUUUGCUGUUGGAAUUUGCAACAAGAUAGCAGAGAUGAUUCAAGGUCUUGCGACUCCAGUUGAGAUGAAGCUGAAACUCAUCCCCAUCUUCCAGCACAUGCACCAUGAUGCCCAGACAGCAGCCAAGGUGCGGCAGCUGUGUGUGGAGAUGCUGCCGUCCUACCCCGCCCGUGGGUUCGUCAUGGUCACCCUCCACACACUCUCACUGCUGUCUGCAAAGACUCUGAUUGACAUCCCCCAGCAGGUUGAGCUGUUGCUACACUAUCUUCAACAAGAUCCACGCCGGGCCAUUAAGCUGAAGGUGCUGAGUGACCUCCACCUGCUGACCAAGAAGGCCCCACACAUGUGGGCACAGCACAAUCUACAGGUACUGUGCAGUUUCAUCUCCAUCACCCCUUACGACAACCUAAAGCUACGAGCACUGACAGUGCUGAGUGUGCUGGCAGAAUCCUCACCCCUCAUCACCAAAGAAUCAUCCUUGAUGGAGGUGUGUUUGGAGAACUGUUACCAUAGCAACAUUGCCAUCUCCACAGAGGCAUCUACGGUGCUGACCAACCUUGCAUGCCAGCUCAGCAAAGGAGCCAGUGGUAAGGUUGAUGAGACAUUGCUGAACCAGUGUGUGGCAGCUGUGGAGUCUCUACUCACUGUUUGUGUGACAGAAACAACAGAAAAAUCCCUGAGCUGUGUGAGCUGCCUGUGUAAGAGUUUCCCAGUGUUGGCCUCGUCACUAGCAGACACCAUCUACAGCCUCCUGGAUGUGGCUCAAGGAGAGAUGCCCUUGCUGCUGUAUCAGGGGCUGGCAGCAGUGGGGAGUACCUGUCCUUCUGGCCUGGAACAACUCAGGUUUGACCUUCUGGACAGGUUACAGGAAGUGUCUGCCAUGCCACAAGACAAGCAGCAAGACUUCCAGGCAUCACCUGCACUUCUGGCUGAUAUCGCUAGGGAGUUCUGUGCUGGAGAGGAACAGCUUUCCCACAUACAUCCAGACCAACCUCAACACAAAGGCACAGUUAGCCUGGCUCAAGCCUGUGGGCACUAUCAAAAAGGAACUACUGCUUUGAAGGCAUCCGUGACCCCCACCUUCCCGCUGGAGUUUCAGACCCAGUUCACCCAGCUGCGGGCGGAGCUGCUGCAGGCACAUGCCAACCUCCUGGCUGCCUGCACCACCCUGCAGACCUGUCCUCCUCCCGCCAUUGCCACAGCAAUGGCCAACGUGUCUGGGAAAGAGAUACAGAGAACUGGAAGAAUAGGGACUCAGUUGCAGCAGUGUGUCGCCCAGUUCCGUAUGUUAUCAGCCAAAUAUGGUGAUCUGCUGCAGGCUUCCUUUGAUGCUGACCUCACAACACUGAAGAGCCUGACACACUUACAACAGGGUUGCCUCCUCAUGGCCCAUGUUGUGGACGUGCUGGUAUUGCACAACCACCAGUAUAUUUCAGCAGAUGUGUACAAUAUCCAGUGGGAUGUACCAGACUUCAGUAGGGGGGAGUCUGGUGGGGAGGCCCUGCCACCUGUGUUCCAGGAUGUACUGAAAAUGGUGCAGAAAACCCUGGGGGAGGCCCAGGGCUCAGCCAUCACACAUGUGCAAGUCUCCAGUGUUUUCAAAGCUUCCUGUAUGCUGCUCAGGGAACCCCUGCACUUCCCCAGGUACUUCUUCCAGGCACUACAGUCAACUCAAAUCAAGCUUGCCCUGUCCCCAAGUCAGAGAAGUGUGAACGACCCUGUUUUGGUCUCAACUGACACACAGCUAGCACUGAAAGUAGAGGGUGUGAUUCAGCAUGGGGCCAAACCGGGGCUGUUCAGGGCUGUCAACAAAGUCUGUCUGGAUGUGUCAUCCAGUUCUGACACCAAGAUUCCACAGGAACAGAAGGUCCGAGUGGACAACCUGAACAAUGAGCUGCAGGAGCUGGUGGAACCACACAAUGACUACUUCAGUGCACAGUUCCUUCUUCACUUCCCUUUCCCUGGGAACCACACUGUGUGUGCAGAGGCUUCUGUUAUAGACACCUCUGGCCUUUCUUGGAAAACGGGGCCCAAAAUGACCCUGCUGGUGAGAUCUUUUGACCCUAAUGCCCCCCAGCCCCCCAGGCACCAGCAGCCUCCACCCCCACCCCCAGCUCGGAGCAGUGCAUCACGGUUCUGAACAGGAUGCCUUGGCAAAUAGAAGAUCAAUUGAACUGUGCAGCUCAGCUUUGUCAAUAGAAAGAGCACUGUUCUACAGUGGUCAUCAGAGACUAGGGUUCUGUGUACAGGCUACUCCAAGCUAGAUACAUGUAGUAAUUUUUCACUACAGCAUAUUACCGAAAAUGAUGAAGCAGAUACAGUCUAGCAGAGAAACAUUAUUCAUACAUAUCGAUUGAAAAUCCUCAUGUUGUAACAUUUAUGACACAUGCACCUCAUAUUCGUUUAUAGCUACACGUUGUAUUGUAUCCAUGUGUACGCAAUAAAUGCUCAUUAUCAAAAGGUAGAAGAUUUCAUAGUUACAAUA